GUGGAUGGCGUCCCGGACCCUCCUGGAGUUCCUGUCCCUGAACCGGAGCCAGCUCCCACCUGCAAACGCCACGUCCUGUGACGUCGAUCGGGAAGCCUGGGGCCUGCUGCACAGACUCCUGCCGACAUUCAUCGCCGCCGUGUGCGCGUGCGGCCUGCUGGGAAACCUGUUUGUGCUGUCCGUCUUCCUCCUCUCCCGGCGGCGGCUGAGCGUGGCCGAAAUCUACCUGUCCAACCUGGCCGCCUCCGACCUGCUGUUCGUCUUGGGCCUGCCCUUCUGGGCACAGAACAUCUCGAACGGGUUCAGCUGGCCCUUCGGAGCCCUCCUCUGCCGCAUCGUCAACGGGGUCAUCAAGGCCCAUCUGUUCAUCAGCAUCUUCCUGGCGGUGGCCAUCAGCCAGGACCGCCACCGCGCGCUGGUGCACCCCGUGGCCA